AACUCAUCAUUCCCAAUUUGGGGAGGGGACAAUGUUUCUUAUUUUGGUUUUUCUAAUGAUUUUCCCUUCAGCCAAAUGCGAAUACCGAUAUUCUACUUGCAAUAAUGCUUCAAAUUACACAGAGGGGAGUACAUACUCCAAACUUGAACCUAGUAAUCAAUGAUCUGUCUCUUAAUGCACCCCAAAAUUCAGGCUUUAACACAUCUUCGCAUGGCCAAUCUCCCAACAAAGUCUAUGGCCUGCUCCAGUGUACAGGUGAUGUAUCAGCAGCGAAAUGCUCAGAGUGUUCAAGUGAAGCAAGUAACAUGCUUCGAAACCUUUGCGACAAAGCCAUAGGUGGGGAAGUAUGGAUGUAUGAUUGCUUCUUGCACUAUCAUAACUCCAAUUUCUUUCCAAAACUGGAUACCAUCUUCUAUGUUCUCAGGAAUGACCGGGCCGACAAAGGCAAUGUGAAGGGUUUUGUGUCCUCAACCUCUACUCUUCUCUCCAAUUUGUCUGCUCAAGCUAUUGACCCUGCAAAUAAUGGAUACGCUGUGGGAUCAGCCAAAUAUUCAACUUCGCAUGAGGUGUAUGGUCUAGUUAUGUGCUUGAAAGUCUUAUCAAUGGAGGAUUGUAAAUCUUGUUUGUCUAGAGCAUGGCAAAACAUGGAACAGUGCCGUUCUUCAAAACAAGGACUUCAGGCCAUGUCAGGAAGCUGCACAGCCAGAUACGAGAUUUAUCAAUUUUUUGAUUCAUCGCCAUCAACAUCCACUACUCCCCCGGUAGCCCAUGGUAGUACUAAGGCAACUUCCGAGACAAAAUCAAGUUAG